GCCGGAGGAAGAGCAGGAUCAGAUGAACUGCAGAAGAAAUGAAAAUAUUAUAGGAUUUCUCUUGAAAUCUAUGAAAGAGGUGAAGCACAAGCCAUCCUGAAGAAUCUCCAGAACACGCAGAAAUUGUUUGAUACAUUUAACAGACAGAGGAAACAGAGGAAAGUCCCGACAUGGAGAAACAUCAGCACUCUGUCAAUAGUUUUACUAAACAGAGUGAUCUCAAAAAACACCAGCGCAUUCACACAGGAGAGAAACCGUAUCACUGCUCAGACUGUGGAAAGAGUUUUAAUCAUCAGAGUAAUCUCAAAAUGCACCAGCGCAUUCACACAGGAGAGAAACCAUAUCACUGCUCAGACUGUGGGAAGAGUUUUACUCAACAUAAUACUCUCAAAAUGCACCAGCGCAUUCACACAGGAGUGAAACCGUAUCACUGCUCAGACUGUGGGAAGAGUUUUACUCAACAUAAUACUCUCAAAAUGCACCAGCGCAUUCACACAGGAGAGAAACCGUAUCACUGCUCAGACUGUGGGAAGAGUUUUACUCAGCAGAAUACUCUCAAAAAACACCAGCGCAUUCACACAGGAGUGAAACCGUAUCACUGCUCAGACUGUAGAAAGAGUUUUACUCUACAGAGUACUCUCAAAAAACACCAGCGCAUUCACACAGGAGAGAAACCGUAUCACUGCUCAGACUGUGGGAAGAGUUUUACUUUACAGAGUACUCUCAAAAAACACCAGCGCAUUCACACAGGAGAGAAACCUUAUUACUGCUCAGACUGUUGGAAGAGUUUUAAUCGACAGUGUACUCUCAAAAAACACCAGCGCAUUCACACAGGAGAGAAACCAUAUUACUGCUCAGACUGUGGGAAGAGUUUUACUGAACAGGGUACUCUCAAAAUCCACCAGCGCAUUCACACAGGAGAGAAACCGUAUCACUGCUCAGACUGUGGGAAGAGUUUUACUACACAGAGUCAUCUCAAAAAACACCAGCGCAUUCACACAGGAGAGAGACCGUAUCACUGCUCAGACUGUGGGAAGAGUUUUACUACACAGAGUCAUCUCAAAAAUCACCAGCGCAUUCACACAGGAGAGAAACCGUAUCACUGCUCAGACUGUGGAAAGAGUUUUAAUCAACAGAAUGAUCUCAAAAUACACCAGCGCAUUCACACAGGAGAGAAACCGUAUCACUGCUCCUACUGUGGAAAGAGUUUUACUCAACAGAGUAAUCUAAAAACACACCAGCGCAUUCACACAGGAGAGAAACCGUAUCAUUGCUCAGACUGUGGGAAGAGUUUUGCUGAACAGAGUCAUCUCAAACUGCACCAGUGCAUUUAGCAAUGCCUUUUUACAGGUUUAGCAAAAUGAAUCUAUUCCGGCGAUGAUGUUUAUUGAAUUUCGUUUUAUGUUUUCAUGUAUGUUUGAAUACCUACAUUAGUUAAUGCCUACAGAGAUCUCCACCACUUAGUCGAAUGUGUUGUGGUUUAAUAAGUUUUUAAACACCGAAUCAUACGUGUUACCGCUAACUUUAUAAAUUAAGAACAAAUAUUUUAUAA